AUGAUUGUCUACAGAUCUCACAGGCUUUUAUCUCCACAUAUAGUUGGCGAAGGAUGGCAGAUAUCUUGCUAUGAUCUUCUCUCUAUGACACCCAGUAAAAGAAUAGGAAUGUUUAUUGGGACAACAUGUUGCUCCAGUAUGAUGUCUCCGACAGUCAGGUAUCUUUAUCAGUAG